CGUUUUGUCUAAUAUUCCCCAAACACGGUCUCCCUGGAAUCUAAACUUCUAAAACCCUGUGGAGGUUUCUGAAGUUCUAACAAUUCAGCCACACAUAUUCAACAAAAGCUUGUCUGAAUUUUUCAUUCACAUCUCUUUAAGUCACCUGUUUCAUCUUCUUGUGUGACCCAUUGAAUUAAAAUCGAGAAAAAUCAAGUCUUUUUCAUGGAAGCUCAAGCCAUAAAUCCUCAUUUUCCCACAACUCUAAACUCUAAAAAUCGUAACUUUAUGGCAAAAAUCACUUGCUUUCCUCAAUCCCCAACUUGGGUUUCAUGUAAAAGUCACAAUCUUUCGUUUGUUCCAGAAUUUGGAACCUCUUUGAAGAAGGAUUUAAGUUUGAGAAGCAGCUGUGUUGUAAAAGCAAAGGUGGGUAGUGAUGGUGGUGAGGAAUUGGGAGAAGGGGUUAGCAGGAAAAAUCUGGCUGUUUUUGUAUCCGGGGGCGGUUCGAAUUUUCGGUCUAUUCAUGAGGCCAUUCUUGAUGGAAGAAUUAAUGGGGAUAUUGUUGUUUUGGUGGCAAGUAAAGCUGAAUGUGGAGGUGCAAAUUAUGCAAGAAACAAGGGAAUACCUGUCAUUGUAUUCCCUAAAACCAAAAGUGGAUCUGAAGGUUUAUCUCCACAUGAUCUCGUAAGUGCUCUGAGGAAGUUUAAAGUCGACAAUGUUCUGUUAGCUGGAUUUUUGAAGCUUAUACCAGCUGAGUUGAUUCGUGCUUAUCCGAAGUCCAUACUAAACAUCCAUCCCUCUCUUCUUCCAUCUUUUGGAGGUAAAGGUUACUAUGGUAUGAAGGUGCAUAGGGCUGUCAUCGCUUCUGGAGUAAGAUACUCAGGGCCCACAAUCCAUUUUGUUGAUGAACAUUAUGACACGGGACGUAUCCUUGCCCAGAGAGUCGUUCCAGUGCUUGUUACUGACACGGCAGAGGAGCUGGCUGCAAGAGUUCUUCAAGAGGUCUUCGAAUUUUGAGCACCUCAGAACAUCAAGUAUACGUGGAGGUAGCUGCAGCUUUGUGCGAAGAACGGAUUAUCUGGAGGGAAGAUGGUGUUCCUCUAAUCCGGAGCAAGGACGACCCUGAUAAAUUUAGUUAGUGGAUCACAUUCUGUAUCAUCAAUUUUGCACAAAAAGAAGCUCGCGUUGCAUUUUUGUCUUUAUGCAUCAUGCAUCAGGGUGAAUUUAUGUUCCUGUGAUCUGUGGAUUUCCCCCUUACAAGGUUUUAAAUAUUGUUCAUGUUAAGCAUAUUUAUUAGGCAAAUAAUGUGACAUUGUGUAACUUCGAUGUACCAUAAGAGGCGAGCCUUCUUCUUUUUAACAAAUCAUUAACAUGAA